AUGGCAUCUUCGAAUAGUUCAUCUUACGAAAUUCCUUCCUAUGAAACUUCGACUUCUCGUACUGUCAAAUUUACUAUUAUACUCGUUUUUCAAAUCAUCUCAAUAAGUUGUUCGAUCUUUCUUCUAUUUAACUUGCUGACGAAGUCUGCACUUUAUCGACCUCUACAUAAUCAUACAAUUAUCGUCCUUGGAUUGAUCAGUUUCUUUCAAACUAUUUCUGAUCUUCCAAUGGUACUGGCAUAUUUACACUUAGGUCAAGCUCCUACAACAGUUUUUUGUCUCCUAUGGAACUUUUUUGCUCUUUCUAACUACGCUGUUGGCAUAUGGGUGAUGACUUGGGCGUCAUUUGAACGACAUUUGUUGAUUUUUCAUGAUAAUCUAAUGAAGACAUCACGUCGAAGACUUGCUCUUCACUAUCUCCCGUUAGCUUGCUCAAUAUUUUUCCCUUGGUCGUAUUAUAUCAGUCUGAUUUUCUUCUAUCCAUGCGUGAAUACUUUCUAUCAAACCUUUCUUUUUUGCGGUUGGUGUUGUUAUGCACGAAAUGAUCAAUUGGUUUUCUUUAACUGGCUGACAUUUUCUGUUAUUCCAACAUUAUCGAUUCUAUUUCUCAGUGUAACCUUAAUCAUUCGUGUUAUUCGACAAAAAUAUCGUAUGCAACAACAAAUCCAAUGGCGGCAACAUCGGCAUAUGAUUCUUCAAUUAUUAAGCAUUUCCUUUCUCUACAUAUUGUUCGAUACUCCAUCGACUAUCAUAGGUAUUGUUCAGUUAUUUCUUCCAACGUUUGCUGUCGACAUUCAAAUUCUAUAUCUCAUCUACAUCGUUUACCUUCUACCAUUGUUAACUCCAUUUCUAUGUUUGAAUGGUUUACAUCAAUUACGGAAACGAAAUCAUCAACAGACUCACCCGACAUUACCAUUAACUCAAACAAAAGUCGCUCAGCGACGUUGA